UUCUGGGUUGACGUAGGUUGAGCGUUUUCCUCAAUGCUAUGAAAAUGGCGGCCGUUGAGAAACCGAAGAAGGAAUACGACUACGGUAACGUACACAUUUCAUUAGAGAAUUGUAUACUGCCUGAAGAGAGGCUAAGCGAAACUCCUUCGAUAAAAGAUGGCCUUGAAAAAGCUACCGAAACUGACCUUAGAAUUCUAGGAUGCGAGUUCAUUCAGACCUCUGGAAUUCUGCUCAAGUUACCACAGGUUGCAAUGGCUACAGGGCAAAUUUUACUGCAAAGAUUUUAUUAUUCAAAAUCUUUGGUAAAACACGACGUGGAGAUUUAUGCAAUGGCAUGCAUCUUCUUAGCUGCUAAAAUCGAAGAAAGUCCAAGAAGACUGAGAGAUGUUAUUAAUGUUUUCCAUCAUAUCAAACAGAAAAGAAGCAAACGGACAGUCACUCCGAUGGACUAUUUCAGUAAUGCAUACUUUGCAAUGAAGAACAAUGUCAUUAAAGCUGAACGGCGUGUCCUCAAGGAACUUGGUUUCUGUGUACAUGUCAAGCACCCACAUAAGGUCAUCAUAACAUAUCUGCAAAUUUUAGAACACGAAAAAAACGCUGCACUGGCGCAGAAAGCAUGGAACUAUAUGAACGACAGUCUGCGAACUGACGUCUUCCUUCGAUUUCCGCCAGAGACAAUUGGAUGCGCGUGUAUUUUCCUUGCAGCUAGAUCGCUUAAGAUUUCUUUGCCCCAGCGGCCCCCAUGGUGGGAACUCUUUGAUUCAACAUAUGAUGAUGUCGAAGAAAUCUCUCUCACUUUGCUGAAAUUGUAUGCUAGGCCUAAGGUUCGAAUGAAUAAACUGGAUGAGGCAAUUGAAAACGCUAAGAAAUUACUACAGGACAAGAAGGAUGUAGCGAAAGAGAAUGGCGGUGACGGGACACCCGGUUCUUUUACUCCCGCGCAUACGUCUCCAAAUAUAGCUUCUAACAACAAUUUGCCCACGAAACCAAGCAGCAAAACAGCUUCUCCAGCCAAAGCAUCACCUUCGGAUAAAACAACAGACCAAGGCAAAACCAGGAACAAUCCCAGUGAUUCAAAAAGGUCAAAUAAAAAGCAUGCUAAAGAUGAAAAGUAUAGUCGAAAAUCAUCGAAUUCUCCUCGUCGUAAAAAUGUCACAAAAGAUGAGUCGUUCAGUUCGAAUGAUUCUGAGUCAGAGUCGCCAUCGCCCGAACGCAAACGAAAAUACAAAAAGGAAACGCGCCCUCGUAGUCACAGUAGUGGGGAAUCAGAUGAUGAUCGACACAGAAAGAGAUCAAAAGAUCGCCGAAACGAGUCUGAUAGCAGACCGAGGUCAAGGCUGGAUAAGGAAAAUGGCUACCGGGGUUAUAAUUAUGACAAAAGAUAUCAGGAUCGAAGCAAGAGUCGUUCCCGAAGUAGAAGUAGAGACAGACGCGAUAAGAUCAAAGAGAAAAGACGGGAAAAGGGAAGGGAUGAAAGGUAUUCUGAUCGCGAUUACAGGAACACUUAUGAUAGAUAUGAUUAUAAAAAAGGACGAAGGUAAAAAGGAUAUCAUUAUUUUUUGGUUGACAUUUUGUUUACUAUUGUAUCGCGUUUGUUCUAUUCUCGACAUCAUUUUUAUUAGUGUACAAAAUCAUUGUUGCGGUUAACGAUGUGUUAGAUUCAAGAAGCUUUGAAUUUGCCUGCUUGAUCUGUUCUUAUUAUAUUUUAAUAAUAUAAGUUAGAGCCUGGAUUUUUGGGCUAAUAAAAUGAGCUCUUCACUAUUUCAGACUUGUAAAUUUGUGAGCUGAUGUCGUUUUUUAGUAAUCUGUUUGGAGUAGGAAUGUGUCAAUAUUUAGCGAUCAGAGGAAUGAGGAGAAUGUUCUGCAGUUAAAGAAAGGUUUUGAUUGUAGUAAUAACAUGGGGCAAAUUUUUGUUUGGGGGAGGGGGGUUGUUGGUGGCGAUUAGAAAUCAAAUGAAAGCAAAGCUGAGAGGUUCCGGUGUGUUCAACCUCUUGCUUUUCAGACGAACUGACAAACUUUAGAUCUGACAUUAGGCGAAGUUGAUCCUGUCAUCUUAUAAAAAGGGUUAAUUUAUUAGCUCGCAUAGGCGAAUGGAUGUUACCUUUUGUAUGUAUAUUUCCUAACCUACGCUCUGUUGGUAAUAAGCAAUCAAUUGCAGUGAUUUAUAUCAAAUGAUAACCAAAAUAGGUAUUUAAUAAACGUAGUUACUUUUUAAACCAGUAGCGUGCAUGUUUCCCUGCUGAAUACAUGAUGUUAUAUGUAA